AUGAACCCAUUGAAGUGUGCAUUUGGAGUUUCAGCCGGGAAUUUCUUGGGGUUCUUGGUACAUAAACGAGGUAUUGAAGUUGAUCAGAACAAGGUCAAAGCUAUUAUAAAUGCUAGGGCCCCAGCGAACAAAAAACAAGUGCAAAGGUUCCUCGGCCAGGUAGGUUUUCUUAGAAGAUUUAUUUCUAACCAUGCUAGCCGAGUGCAUGUCUUUUCGACUUUAGUGAAAUUAAAGUCACAUGAGAAAUUUCAUUGGGACGAAUCCCAUCAGAACGCCUUUGACAAAAUAAAAGAGUAUUUGGCAAACCCCCCGGUUGUAAUGCCUCCAAGAAAGAAGUGGCCGUUAAAGCUUUAUUUAUCGGUAGCAGAAGAAUCAAUUGGUAGUAUGCUCGCACAAGACAAUGAACAUGGAAAGGAGCAGGCUGUCUACUACCUGAAUAGAAUACUGACUGAUGUAGAAUGCAGAUAUUCCUCAAUUGAGAAACUUUGUUUAUCUUUGUACUAUUCGGCCAUGAAGUUGAGAGUAUACAUGCGGCCUGUUGAUGUUUACAUUCUUUGUCAGACUAACGUAAUCAAGUAUAUGCUAUCAAGGCCAUUGAUCACUGGCCGAAUAGGUAAGUGGGCUUUGGCUUUGAUGGAAUUCAAUUUUAUCUACGUCUCACAAAAAUCAGUAAAAGGAAGGGUUCUGGUUGAUUUUUUGGCCGAUCAUCCUUCAACUGAUAUUGAUCCAUGGGUUUAUGAUGAAUUGGAGUCAUCAGCUAUAUUCCUGACUCCUUGGAUCUUGAUGUUUGAUGGAUCAAGCACGGCUGAUGGAGCAGGAGCAGGUAUUGUUAUUAUUUCGCCAGCUGGCAGAAAGGCUUCAUUCUCUUUCUUUUUAGAUUUUAAAUGUUCAAAUAACCAGGCCGAAUAUGAAGCACUUAUAAUCGGCCUGGAGAUUUUAAUUGAAAUGGCUUUCUGGUCGAGAGGGCAGAAUAAGGAGGCCAACAGCAUGGCUCAAGCAGCCUCUGGAAUAAGAGUACCAGCCGGAAUAGAAGAUCAGUUGAUAAAGAUAACACGAAGAUCUUUGCCAUCGGCCGAAUUGAGAAAUACUAUGUUUGAUACUUGGACAAUUGAUGUAGAAGAUUUGGCCGACGAUGACUGGAGGAUACCAUUUAUAAUGUUCCUUCGAAAUCCAAACAUCAAGGCUGAUAGAAGUAUUAAAAGAAAAGCGAUCAACUUUGUGCUUCUAGAUGGGGAUCUAUACAGAAAAGGGUUAGAAGAUGGGCUCUUACUACAAUGCAUAAGCAAGGAGGAAUUACUUCAGGUUAUGGCCGAGGUACAUGAGGGCAGCUGUGGGGCUCACCAAGCUGGGAUUAAAAUGAGAUGGCUAAUUCGCAGAUAUGGAUAUUGUAAUACCCCAGGUUGGGGCCUUGACCUUAUUGGUAAAAUUAAUCCACCAUCAAGCGAAGGCCAUCACUGGGUGAUUGUUGCCACAGAUUAUUUUACUAAAUGGGUUGAGGCCAAGGCUUGCAAAGCGGUUGAUCAGCAAACAGUGAUUAAUUUCAUGGAGCAAAACAUCAUCCACAGAUUUGGGAUUCCAGAAACACUUGUUUCAGACAAUGCAACAGUAUUUAAAGCAACUGAUGUACUACAAUUCGGCCACAACAUGAAUAUUCAUAUGAACUCAAAAAGAACAGGCACAGGAGUUACACCAUACAUGUUAACUUAUGGUCAUGAUGCUGUUCUGCCUAUGGAGAUGAAGGUUAAAUCAGCCAGAGUUGCUUUUCAAAAUAAUCUAACUCCAGCUGAUUAUACUCAAGCAAUGUUGGUAGAAUUGGAAGAUUUGGAUGAAUUUAGAAGGGAUGCUUUGGAUCAUAUCAUAGCUCACAAGAAGAAAGUGAUGAGGAUCUACAACAAGAGGGUAAAACCUAAGUCUUUUGCUGAAGAAGAUUUGGUUUGGAAAGUUGUUUUGCCAGUGGGUAAAGUCGAUAGGAAAUAUGGGAAGUGGUCCCAAAAAUGGGAAGGGCCAUACUUAGUCCAUCAAGUCUUAAGUGGAGGAGCAUAUAGGCUGAAAUAUUUCAGUGGCCGAUUACAUGACUAA